GAGGUGGGCGGAGCUUGUUCUUCUCUCGUCCCCCAGGCCCCCCUCCUCGGAAGUAGACGUAGCCGUCUAUAUAUCCCGUUCUUUUAUUUUUAUGCAUUUUGAAAAGACCCCUUUUCCUCCCCCUCCCCCCCACAAGUUCUGACGUGGACGCCGAGAUGGACGAGUAGCUAACGGACGGGACCCCGAUUCGCUCCUUUUUCUUUUUCUGAAAAUCGGUCGACCGGAUGAAAUCCAACUGUGGUUUACGCCGCUUUGCAGGGGAGGUAGCUGUAUUCAGUGGGGAGGUAGGCUCAACCAGGGGAGGUAGUCAUGAAGUUUGCUGAACCCUGGGAACGCCAGAAGCUGUCUUUUCUUCUAGAAAAGGCUGCUUCUAGGGAAGCCAAGAUGUGGAAAGUCUAUGUGCCAAAGAUGCCCUUCUCACAUGAUACGGACAUCUCCCCAGCACAGCGGGAUGAAGCAGUGCGCUGGCUGAUAGAGCUACAAGGUAAACUCCAGAUGUACCCAGAGACCCUGGUUCUAGCUGUAAGCAUGCUGGACCGGUUCCUAGCUCCCAUAAAGGCCCGCCCCAAAUAUCUGCGCUGUAUCGCCAUAGCCUGCUUCUUCCUGGCUGCCAAGACCUGUGAGGAGGAUGAGUGUGUACCCUCUCUGAGGGAGUUGGCUGGUACCAGUGGCUGUGGUUGUUCCCCAUCAGAGAUUCUGAGGAUGGAGAGAAUCAUCCUGGAUAAACUGGACUGGGAUCUGCACACUGCAACACCCCUGGACUUCCUCCAUAUAUUCCAUGCCAUGGUGUUUUCGCGUCGGUCAGGAUUUGUUCAGUCCGUUUUGGGAGUGAACCAUUCCCAGCACCUGGCCCUGCUCACCAAGCGACUGUACUAUUGCCUGGCAGACCACACACUCUUACAGGUUAGAGGAUCCAUCCUGGCUUUAGCCCUCAUCACCCUGGAACUGGAGACCUGCUGCACUGACUGGCUGGUUGUCACUAUAGACCUGCUAAGGAAGGCAGAGAUCGACAGCUCUGAGUUGAUCCGGUGCAGAGAGCUAGUGGCCCGUAGCCUGUCCACACAGAGGGCUUCCCUACCUCCCAACACUGUCUACAUCUACCAACCCCACCACGGCCAAACCAUCUCUGAGCCCCCGGCCCGGGAACUCACACCAUCCUGCUCCACACAGGGGACCAUCACCUCCACCUCUGAGGGUCCCAGGGACCAGGCCCUCUGUGCCACUGCCUCUGCCCCGCCUCAAACACCUGCCGCUGGGGAAGGGAGCCAGCAACCCUGGUUCCUGACCUCCAGCCCUAGUCCAGCUCUACUGUCUCCACCCAAACACCACCUUCACCACCCAAAUCACUUGCAGAGAGUCACACUGAGGUGUAAGGCCUCAGCCAAGCGCAAGGUGGAGGAGAUGGAGGUGGAUGACUUCUUCGAUGGGAUCAAGCGCCUCUACAACGAAGACAUUACCACCACUGUCCAGGAGGGGGCAACACCAGCGGCUGGGAAGUCAACCGGAGGAGGCUCGGAGCUUGGAGUCUGCAGUGUCCUGCUGUCUCGGCAGGAAGGCAGCAUCUCCCCCUGCCCACCUCUGCAGCCCGUCAGCUCCUCCUAGAGAGAGAAGGAACCCGGCCCUUCUCUCUGUCUGACGAGUAACCCCUUUUUUUACCAAAACCAUCUGAGCAUCUGAGAUUGUCCUUGUCUGUUUGGCUCAAAUGCAACGAGCUGCACCCCCACCACCUGAAUUCAGGGGGUGUAAUUCAUUUUUAAAACCUUAUUUUCUUAACAGAGGACCAAUGAAUGACACACUUGUCUCUCAGCAACUGCCUGCCUCACAUUUACACAGUCACACACAGUUAGACCCACACAGGCCCAGACUAGUGUCACUGCACGACCGCUCUUUGAGGGGGAAUCAUGACGAAGGAUGCCGGUUCUCCGCCGCGGGCGGGAGCCGCCAUUUAAAACGAGAGUAAUCGAUCAGAUGAAUUCAGUGCAGUGAAGAAAAGCGCAUCAGAUUCGAGGACAUAUCUUUUGAAAAUGUACCCAUGCACCCUUAAAAAACUGUUUCCUAGGGAAAUUCAGUUUCGAGGCAGUCGGAUAUCGUAGAACCUUUUGCUUGUAGAGAAAGUGAAGAUUUCAACAUAAUCUGAAAACGAACAGUUUCAACCCACGUUACAAGGCACGGCGAUCAUGAGAUAAAGUGGCGACAUACCAGGUAACGUUUCAAGCGUUUUAGACCGUCAACUUCCUCACCUGGGGUGAACAGUCUGUUUCUUGGCAGCAGGGCGAUAUCAUGGUAUAUUUCUUCAGCACACAAGAAUUAGCUUUUCUUGGGAACUGUUGACUAGACUUGCCUGAAACGUGACCUUGGAUAUCGCCACUUUCAAAAUAACCAGAUCCGCUCAUACGGCAGUUAAACAACGCCGCUACACGCAAACACAAAGGCAGUCUCGUCGGCUCAGAUGGUUUUGAGAAAUUACGAAUCUGCACAAGUCAAAACAAGCCCGGCGCGUUCCCGGUGUUUCGCGGUCGAGCGUUGAGUCCUCGCCGCCCCGCAGCCCGAAAACAGAGCCAAAAAAAAACACAUCUACAGAGCUGCUGCUGCCGCUGCUAUCAUUUAUUUUAUUUGUUGAACACAAACACAAAAGUUAAAAAAAAAAAACAAAUAAAUUUAAAAAGGCAAAUAAUGUUCCUUAAAAAAAAAGCUGUAGAAUUGACUUCUCUACUCAGCGUCGUCCUCUCUCUCUCUCUCUCUCUCUCUGGUCGUGAAGUAUUCUGUCAUGAAAGGCGUCAUGGUUUGUCCGCUUUUCUUUUAUUUGUGUUUUUCUAUUGCAUUUCCUCUUCUGUCCACUUUGUUCCCACUUAAACUGCGCGUCGUCUUCGUCCCCGUCGUCUCUUCUGUCCACCCCAACAGAUUAAACUGAAUGUAAGGCUGUUUCUGUUCGUGUAGAUGAUUAUCUGUGUAUCUCGCCCAGGAAGGAGGUUUUUUUUUUCCCUUUCUUUUUUUUUUUUUGGUGAAGUGCAAUUUGAUUGUUAUCAAGAUGCUAAUAUGAACAUUUUAAUAUCCUUUCGGUCAGUGCCACUCUUCCUCUCUCUCUCCCUCUCGGCUUGUCGUGAUAGCUUGACUACAGAAGGAGUGGGUGAAAUACUUAUACUACUAAGGCUGUGUUCACGUAGCGCCGCAGAUCCGGCGACGUUUGGCGUUUCCGUAUCGCACGUUAAAAGUUUUUCCGUGUGCCUCGGCGUACAGGCGGGGAGUUUUUCCACAUCCAGCGAGUGGCAACAAGUUUAGGAAGUAUUUGAGAUUCUGGUUGGUUCUACUUUCACUGAUUGACAACUUUGCGAGGGUUGGUUUGUAUUUACUCGAUGCGGUAAACUCCACCCCUGUUCUACGCGUUAACCAAUUCUCAAUUGAAUAUCAGAUGCUGUCCGGCAAAGAUGUGGCCUAAAACAGACAAACUUGGCUUCUGUGUUGAAAUCAGGCCUCGACCACAAAGAUCGGAAGGGGGGGAAAAAAACCACAAAAUCAGAUUUUAUGGAGGUUUGAAAAUGCAGCGUUGAAUUGAGAGUAUUGCAAAUUUCUCCUAGAAAUGCGUUUUGAGAUGUGGAUUUGCCUAGACCACUUUGUGCAAUGGAGUUUGAGCGGGUUCACAGCUUGGGGCCCACAAGGAGAGGAGUGACUGCCAUAACAUUGCUGUUCAAGAAAUAAAUCCAGUGUAGUUUAUCUUUUCAACUUAUGUUUAUACAUUUUUAUAGCAAAAAAAAGCUCUGUUCUUCUUGAUGUGGGGCCCGCCGGCUGCUCUCGGCCGCCGAACACCUUGAGCAACCAAUAAAGAAAACGUUUACAA